AGAUGAACAACGACGACCGAGAAAUAAUUCAGUCAAACAUAUCAAAAUUGAUGGAGAACAUUGACUUGAGUGCAGAUCUCACAGCCAAGUUCUUGGAAAGGAGGCUCUUUUCUCGUGAGAUGUUAGAAAGCUACUGUCCAAUGGAGAAACGAGAAAACAAAUUGAGACUGCUUCUGGAUGUUGCAAAAAGGGGACCCACUGCAUUUGAAGACUUCCUUCAUUGCCUUAUGAUGACAGGUCAUUUCUGUGCAGCUCGUAUCCUCAAACCAGACCUUGAGCUGUGGAAGUAUCUCCCUCCAAUUUCCAGGGAUGAACUGGAUAACAGAGGAAUUGAGAAUGGAAAUGUGAGCAGCAAUGGAAUUAAUUCCAUCAGUCAUGAAGAAGAUGCUGAGCCUGAUACAGUGCCUUUUCUGAAUGACUCCUUCUGCGAAGAUCAAAUUGUGGUUCCUCAGCAUUUGAAUGUCUCAGUGCAAAAAACUGAUACCUGCCAUGGUCCUCCGGAGGCCUAUAAAAUGCAGUCCAAUCCCCGGGGACAAGUUCUCAUCAUCAACAAUGAGAAGUUUCAGAGACUUAAAGAAAGACGAGGUGCCACAGUGGAUACUAUUAAUUUCAGGAAUGUUUUUGAACAACUCCACUUUGAGGUCCAGCUUGAAGAUAACCUUGGUAUAGCAGAUAUGAAGAGGGUAAUCAAGAACUUUGCACAAAGUUCACUCCAUAAGAACAGUGACUGCUGUGUAGUUCUUGUGAUGAGUCAUGGAGAUCAGCAAGAUGGGUCAUAUAUAGUUUACUCUGUGGACCAGAAGCCUAUUUCGGUGGAAUGGAUCAUCCAGAACUUCAGCAAUGAAGAAGCUCAAUCCCUACGUGGCAAACCAAAGCUUUUCUUCUUUCAAGCCUGCAGGGGAGAGGGAUAUUAUCGUGAGCCAAGACGGAAAAACAAUCUCGAAAAGGACUCCUUCCGAGAAGACUCUUAUACAGCUCCUGUUCAGUCAGAUAUAUUUGUGGCUAAUUCAGCCAUCCCAGAUUAUGUGAGCUACAGGGAUAUUCGUCAUGGUUCUUGGUUCAUUGAAUCAAUCUGCCAAGUCUUUGCUAAGUAUGCUCAUUGCCUAGACCUUCAAAGUAUGAUGCAAAAAGUUCAUGAAAGGCUUUCCAAGUAUGAAGGCGAAAAGGGUGAGAAGCAGAGUGCAGAAUACUGGAUGAUUCCCAGGUAUCAGUUCCUCAGGAGUAUCUAUAGUGAAGAGUCCCUCAUUGCUGUGACAAGGGUAUUGGACAAUGAACCUUCUAGGGAAAGAGCUUCAAGGCUGUUGGGCAUACCCCUGGAAGCCUUGGGAAUCAAGGUACCUCCUGAUGCAGGAAGCUCAAGAAAAAUAAAAUUGGUUGCAAAGAAUGUCAUGGGGGACAUUCUGAAAGAAGUGCUGCUGAACCAUGCUAGAAAAGAACAUGGGGGUAAGUGGACUUCGAGGACACCGUACAAUUCUAAAGAAGGCUGCAUCUCCUCCGCUAUUGAUAUCCCGCUGCUCCAGCUCCCUCCUUGGAGAAAUGAAGACCAUCCCUCACCAUCGUCUAUCAGAGCACAAAAAGUGCUUGUGACUGUUUCAGAACGGACAGAUGGCACACCAAUUGCUAAAGGGGAGGAUGAUGAUGAUGCAUAUGACCAGUACUUCUAUGAGGAAAUGGCCAAAUCCAGACUGGAAGGUGACAACACCGUCGAAAACCAGCAGCUUCAUCAGGGCUUAAGCCCAUUGGAAGCAGAAGGAUCCUUCAUGACCAAGAUCAGGAAGGCAAAAGUAAAAGUUCUCAACCGAAGGAAUGGGAUCAUGGGACAGGUGCUAAAGGAUGAAAAUGUAGGGAAAGGAAUACUCAAUAGAUCAUCCCGUGAGGGACAGCCAGUGCUUCAGAGUAAGACUUCUGCUGAUCUUGUACCCAUUCGUGCUCGGAAAGUCUUGCAGCCUGUACAGUCUCAAUCAUCAUCUGUGAAGCAAGAUUUGAGGAAAUCCUCUUCUAUCUUGGAGCCUGUCUCAUCUUCAAAGAGUGAGAACAUGGGGAAGGCUGCUCUUGGUAACCAAACUGAGCAGUCCCACCAUGUUGAGGGUAGGUCAUCUACCCCAGUUGGAGGAAAACCUUCAGUGAACUCCAAACCUUCAACCUCAAGCUCUCCCAAUUCAUCUGCCCUGAAUCUCCCUAAGCAUACCAAGGUUUCCUUUAAUGGGUGCCAAUACAUCGUUCUUGGCCUUAUUGGGAAAGGUGGAUUCAGUUCUGUUUACCAGGUUUGGGAUCCAGAGAAAGAAAUGACAUAUGCACUUAAGUGCAUAAAGAUGAGUCAGCGUGAGAGUGAAGCAGAGCUCAGGAAUGAAAUACAACUCCUAUGGAAACUCAAAGAUUGUGACCGAGUCAUCCACCUCUUUGAUUAUGAAUUCCGGAAAAGUGAGAGAACCUUGUACUUAUUGAUGGAACGUGGCGAUUGUGAUCUCCAAACAAUCUUCAAGCAGAAGCCAGGUCAAUGGAGCACACGAGAAUGCUGUUUCUACUUUGAGCAAAUGCUUCAAGCAGUUCAACAGAUUCAUGCCAAAAAUGUGAUUCAUGCAGACUUGAAACCUGCCAACUUCAUUAUGGCAAAGGGCUACCUGAAACUGAUUGACUUUGGAAUCUCAUGCAUGUUGCAGAAUGAAGCCACAAGUGUACUUCGUGACACACCUCAUGGAACAAUAUCAUACAUGAGUCCAGAAGCCCUGGAAAAUUCCAGGGAUUUUGGAUGUAAGAUUGGGACUAAAUCAGAUAUUUGGUCCCUGGGAUGCAUCCUUUAUCAAAUGAUUCAUGGCUGCACACCUUUCCAGCACCUUCAGUCCCUCAUCUCAAGAAUUGAUGCUAUUCGGAAUCCCAAUACUGUGAUAUCUUAUCCCUCAGUUGCAGAUGAUGGCUUGCAAAGGAUAGUCAAGCUGUGCCUACAACAUGACCCUAAGAAGAGGCCCUCAGUGAGUGAACUCCUGAUCAUGAUGUCCCAAACUGGACAAAGUAAUCCCCAUGGUCCUACCCCAGGGACCCCUGGAGUGAAGGAGUAUCUUCACAGCUUGAGCCACCUUUCUCCUGGGGCACUUCAGAAAGCUGUGACCCCUAGGACUGUCAAGACUAUGCUCACUCUACUUUCAAAAGCAGGCAAAGUAAUGUUCUGA